AUGUCGAAGCGCGAGCUGGCGGACGGUGUGCCUGCGCCGGAGGCGGAGCGCCCUCGCGUAGACGGCCAAGCUGUGCCUGCCGACCAAGAGGAGGGCAUGGGAGAGUUUGAGGAUCCGUUUGAGGACGAGAUCGAGAGCGAUGGCGAGAUUGUCGAGAGGGGCGACGACGACGAGGGCAUGGACGUGGAAGACGACGAGGCGGCCCCGCCUACGGAGGCGUACAUGCCGGGCACGGCGCCGCUAGAGGAGGGCCAGACGCUGGUCCCUGACCAGUCGGCGUACGAUAUGCUGCACCGCAUGAAUGUGACGUGGCCAUGCCUGUCGUUUGAUUUCCUGCGCGACCACCUGGGCUCGCAGCGCCAGACGCUGCCGCACACGGCCUUCUUCGUCGCAGGCACACAGGCCGACACGGCGAAGAACAACGAGAUUCUCGUUAUGAAGGCGAGUUCGAUGCACCGGACGUCGCGUGAUGACGCGCUUUCGGACGACGACGAGGACGAGGACGACGAUGUCGAUGAGGAUGCGGUGCUGGAGUACAAGACGAUCCCGCACCUGGGCGGCGUGAACCGUAUCCGUGCGGCACCCACGACGACGCCCACGAGCGACCUGGAGCCGUGCCUCGAUCCCUAUCCCGUGGCGACGUGGGCUGAGACGGGCCAGGUGCACAUAUGGGAUGUGCGUCCCCUCUACAAUGCGCUCGUGCAGCCCGGCACGGCGAUCGAUAAGAAGAAGGUGAAUACACCGCUGUACACGGUCCGCGCGCACCACACGGAGGGCUUUGCCAUGGACUGGGGCGGUGUGCUAGGCGGUGGCGCGUCGGGCCAGGGCGGGCACCUGCGCCUCGUUACGGGUGACAUGCACAGCAAGAUCUUCCUUACUACGAGCAACAACACGGGCUUUACGACGCAUGCGACGCCGUUUGAGAGCCACACGUCGUCGGUGGAGGACUUGCAGUGGAGUCCGACGGAGCCCACCGUGUUUGCAUCGUGCUCCGCCGACUGCAGCGUGCGUCUGUGGGACGUGCGGAUGAAGAGCCACCGCUCGGCACUCGCGGUGGACAGUGCGCACACGCAGGACGUGAAUGUGAUCAGCUGGAACCGCGGCACAUCGUACCUGCUGCUCUCGGGCGGCGACGACGGCGCGCUGAAGGUGUGGGACAUGCGCUCGUUCAAGAGCGGCCCGCGACCGAGCCCCGUCGCGCACUUUGCAUGGCACCGCGCGCCCAUCAGCAGCGUCGAGUGGCACCCCGACGAGGACAGUAUCUUCGCGGCGUCCGGCCGCGACGACCAAGUGACGCUGUGGGACCUGGGCGUGGAGCACGACGAGGACGAAGCGGCGGGCGAGCAGCCCAAGGGCCCGAACGGUGAGCCGGUGCCGAGCCAGCUGCUGUUCUGCCACCACGGCGCAUCGGACAUCAAGGAGGUGCACUGGCACCCCCAGGUGCCUGGCAUGCUCGGCACCACAUCCUCGGACGGCUUCCACUUUUUCAAGACCAUAUCUGUGUAG